UGUAGAAUUAGAAAAAAAUAUUGAGCUCGUUGUUGUACAAAAUUUUAUAUUGUAUUUAUCGUAUUAUGGCAGCAUGCAGUUUGGAAUUCUCUUCGUCACAGUGGCAGUUGCACUGCUGCAGAGUGGCUAUGGUGUUUAUGUAUCCAUCAGGAUGCCGUACUUGAAUCCAGCAGGAGUAACUUAUAUAAACAAUAUUGAACCGCAAGCACAGCUUGCCUACAGCGUUCCCGGAAAAAUUGAGGCUCAGCACAUCGGAUAUGCUGCCGCCCAAGUACCAGCAUUGGCUGCUGUACCUUACGUUAAACACGUGCCAACUGUGUCUCAUGUGCCAGUCACAAAAAUUGAAGCUCAACCUGCUCUUCUAGAAAAACAAUUAGACGUAGUAAAACCAGCCGUUUCCACUCGUAAAUACGAAGUACGUCGUCCCGCAAUCCAGAAACAAUUCUUCGACAUUGAAGAACGCGUCGUUGUUCGUCCAGCUGGAUCAGCUGUAGUUGAACUUGAUCAACCAACAUCUAAGACACAAAAAGGACCAGCUCUAAUUCAACCUCUAUUCCAACAGUUUGAAGCAGCUCCAACUCUUCCAUCUCAAAUAGCAUCUGCCUCUCCAUCUGCCAACAAUGAUGAAACCGUUGUUGUAGAAAACCCUGAAUUGCGUAACCUUGGAAUUCAAAAUCAAUUUUCAAAUCAAAACCAAUUUCAAAAUCAAAAUCAGGUCGGCGCAACCCCGUCGUUUCCUCCGCAAGGAAGGACUAGUUUGAACAGUGCACCGUCGACUGAACCUUUUGUUGCCCAUGAUCCUUCACCAAGUGUUGUCGUCAGCCCAAAAUCCUCCCCUGAAGAAGAUAAACAAAACCAAAAUAGAUUGAUUGAAUUACUGACUGCUCGUGGCAACGUUGCUGAGGUCGGAUUCGGUCGCAAUGGUGUCUCCCAAUCCGUAGUUAGAGAUGCUGCUCAAGUUCGAGGUCGAGUAAUCUCUGCCACUCCAGCACCAGACUAUGCAGAACCAGCUGACGAGCGCCAACCUACCUUCAUAAAAACUGCUCGCCUCGAUCAUGUUCAAGUUCACAGUUCCGUUCCGGUAGUCGGAAAAGCUCUUGCACCAACGGUUGCCCAUGCUGCUGUCCCGGUUUAUCAGAAGACUAUCUCACCAGCUUAUGAAUACUAUCAUUAAAUAAUCUGACGACUUACAAUCAUAGUUUCCCGUCGUUUUAAAACAGGAUUGGAUUUUCGGAAUAAGGAAUUUAUA